AAGGCGAUUGUCAUAUGAUAGCUAAGAAGUGGCACAUUAAUGAAGCGCCGCUACAGGGGUCUUUUCUGCUCCUGUCACCGCUUAAAACUAUCAGAUGGUUCGAGGGAGGACAUGGAGGCAGCCACCUAGCUCAGUGGAGCCGCGGAGCCCACAGCAGCGCCCUCCGGAACCCCGAGGCCGCCGCUGCCACUGUCCGCGCCGGGACUCCGCCGCCGAGCUCGGCCGCCCGCGGAGCUCACGGCCAGAAGCGCCACGGACCGGGCGGCGCGGGGCGCUGCGGGUCUGAGCUGCGGAGCUCAGGAACGAGUGGAGCCCAGCCGAGGCAGGACACUGCGCCCCGGCUGCGCGCCGGGAGGGACUCGGCGAGCAGCAGCGCCAUCCCGGAUGCGGACGCGCAACUUGGGGCAACUUUAAGAUCCGAGCAGGCCCGCGCGGACCCAGAGCUAGAAAGGGGCAAAGAAGAAGAUGCCUCGGCCCGGCCGCAACACGUACAGCGACCAGAAGCCGCCCUACUCGUAUAUCUCGCUGACCGCCAUGGCCAUCCAGAGCUCGCCCGAAAAGAUGCUGCCCUUGAGCGAGAUCUACAAGUUCAUCAUGGACCGCUUCCCCUACUACCGGGAGAACACGCAGCGCUGGCAGAACAGCCUGCGCCACAACCUUUCCUUCAACGACUGCUUCAUCAAGAUACCGCGGCGGCCAGACCAGCCCGGCAAGGGCAGUUUCUGGGCGCUGCACCCCAGCUGCGGGGACAUGUUCGAGAACGGCAGCUUCCUGAGGCGCCGCAAGCGCUUCAAGGUGCUCAAGUCGGACCACCUGGCGCCCAGCAAGCCCGCUGACGCGGCGCAGUACCUGCAGCAGCAGGCCAAGCUGCGCCUCAGCGCGCUGGCGGCCUCGGGCACGCACCUGCCGCAGAUGCCCGCCGCCGCCUACAACCUGGGCGGCGUGGCGCAGCCCUCGGGCUUCAAGCAUCCCUUCGCCAUCGAGAAUAUCAUCGCGCGCGAGUACAAGAUGCCUGGGGGACUGGCCUUCUCCGCCAUGCAGCCCGUGCCCGCCGCCUACCCGCUCCCCAACCAGUUGACUACCAUGGGCAGCUCGCUGGGUACUGGCUGGCCACACGUGUACGGUUCGGCAGGCAUGAUCGAUUCGGCCACCCCCAUCUCCAUGGCUAGUGGCGAUUACAGCGCCUACGGCGUGCCGUUGAAGCCACUGUGCCACGCAGCGGGCCAGACGCUGCCCGCCAUCCCCGUGCCCAUUAAGCCCACGCCGGCCGCAGUGCCCGCGCUGCCCGCACUGCCUGCGCCCAUCCCCACCCUGCUCUCGAACUCGCCGCCCUCGCUCAGCCCCACGUCCUCUCAAACAGCCACCAGCCAAAGCAGCCCCGCCACUCCCAGCGAAACGCUCACCAGCCCGGCCUCCGCCCUGCACUCAGUGGCGGUGCACUGACCCGCAGAGGCCGGCGCCCCGUCUUGUCCCCCCCACCCCCCGCAGCUCACUCGCCUUCCCCGGCUCCCAGUCCUGCCCUCCCCAUCUGGGACCGCCACCCUAACUUGUCCAGUUCACCUUCGGCCAACCCUCUCUCCCCCAUGAGAACUCUGUUUUGGACCCAGGAGACGCAACACAAACUUGCAGAUGGGCCUGGAGGCGCGUGGGAGUUGUCCUCGCCCCCAAGAGGGGUUAGGCAGGGGGCACCUGAGCCAAGUCGUCCCAUUCCCGGGGCCCCCGAAAUCCCCCUCCCACUGAAGAGGCAGGGGAAACCCUGCCUCCCGCAGUCUCGGAGAGGGGCGCGUCUAAGCUCGGCCCCGAUCCGCGAGGCUCCGGACACGGCGCCGUUAGUUCCAAGCCCAGAGAAACCGCCUUGGAGGUUUCCCGGAACAGAUCUUCCCUGAGGGCUGCAGACGCACCGCGGAGAGCCAGAUCUCUGUUUACGUCUUGGAAAUCUGCCGCGAAAAGGGACCGCUGGCUUCCUACCCUAGUCGCCUCCGCCCAUCCGGCAGGGUCUGGGCGGACCACAGCCUCCCGGAGUAGCGGCCCUGCCUCCCCGGCUUCUGCGGAGUUUUCUGGUUUGGGGUUUUGUUUCCUGACAGAGGCUCCAGGCGCUGGGAGUGUAGGGGAGAGGCUACCAACCUGGGAAGGGGACGUUUGUCCUCUACACAAGCAAAAUAAAACUAAAAGUCAACCUUGUAUGUUUACAAAGCGCCCGGUAAAACGUAAACAGUGAACCUGAAUCUGUAGUGCUUGGCGGGCGAGCGGGCAAAAGCCCACUUUACAAGUACCUGUUGUAAUGUGAAUGUUUACUCUGCAUUUCUGGGCAGGUUUAGGGGGGGGGGAAGGGGGGGGGGUGGGAAAGUUAAUUGGGAUGUUAACUUUCCGAUUACUUAGAGACCUUUUUAGCUAUUUAUUUUAUUGCUGGAAGGAAAAAAAAAAAAGAAAGAAAAUGAAAUAAGUCCAAACUAAGAAAGCAUCAAGGGCAACCCUAGAAGAACUUAGAUAAGCUGACUAGUAACAUGAAGGAGGUGUCACCGGAUAGGUCUCCCAUGGACAAGCCUUUCUGUUUGCUACAAGAACUUUUCCGAGAAGCUAAAGGGCUGCAAAGAGAUGUAAAUGCUUGUGAAUAGGAAUGAUUAUACACUGUGUAAAAUGCACUUUUGUUUGCUAUAUUCCUUUAGAGUCUUAGGUAAUUUGCUGGAAAAUGAACUGUUGUUCUGGUGUGACCUGCUUAAGUUAAAAAAAAGUUGUAGUGUCAUCAGAGCUGUACAAUUUUUACCUUUCAUUUUUCUCCCUCCCUGUACAGAAUUAGCAUGGAAUUUUAAAUAUUGAUGUUCUUGUUCCCAGCAUGCCUGUUUUAAGACAAAGAAUUUUAAAAAGGUGUCUACAUUAAAUUAUGAACCUAGUCCAAAUAAUAUUUUCUCAUUAAAAUAUGUAAAUGCAAA